UACAGGAUCAUAAUGUGUGCAGAAGGCAAUGAAGAAAUGUUCAGUUUUAGUGUGGGAGGAAAAAUAAAUGUUUCGGGGAAACCCAUGGACUCAGUAGGGACUGAAAACCCAAUCCACAUGUGGACCGAGCUGGAUUCGAACCCAGGCCCCAGGGGUGGAAGGCGAGGAAAGAAACACUGCAUCAACCUGACUCCCCUGAUUCGGUUCUGUUGAGUGUAAGGUAUUACUGUAGAUGGUGUCAAAGUUACUGAUCCACAACUUAUUGCUGAAUAAUUGAAUGCACAAUUUAUCUAGAAAAAUACCCAACAUUAUUUCCAUCAUAAUUCAGUAAAAGAUGUUUUGCCCGGCCAUAAGCAGUUGAGUGAUAUUCAAUGUAGUGUCCCAGAGGUUCAUAAAAUUUGGAAAUAUAGUCUCAAUAUUAAGAAAUCUCAUGGGCCAGAUGGCAUAGCCCCAGUUAUUUUAAGAGAAGCCACUGGAACCCUUGCUCCUUCUCUAACAAAGUUGUUUAACGCUUUGUUAAAAUCUGUUACUAUUCCACUAGAUUGGUGCCAGGCAAACAUUGUUCCCCUACAUAAAAAGGACUCAGAAGUGAAUCCUUCAUAAUGGCAAGUGGGGAUUCUGCUAUUGAGAUCAUGGAGUUGUCACAUCAGUCUCCUGAUCAUAUUGUAGCGGAGAGUCAUGUAGAGGAGUGUGAACCUUUGGAAGGGGAUGUUUUCCUGCCUGCAACUCCAGUUACCAAUUUUGCCAGAAUUCCAGCUCGAGCGCAUUCUACCCCUCGACCCAAAGGCAAUCCAACUGACUCAGAUGCUCACCUUCAAGGAAGCUUAACACCAGAUUACACCACUGCACCAAGCAGCAGGGCAUCAGACCACCAAUAUUCCAGGGGUGACAGAAACACUACAGCCGGGAAUGGUGAGACUAAUCUGAAACCAUGUGAUGCAUUCACAGCCGGACGCAGACAGUUCUUCUUCUGUUUGUCGCUGUUUGCCAUGGCAGUACUUGCUGGGUUUUUGGUUGGGUACUUUGUACGCGAGAAGGUUUUUGAGAGGGAGUCUGCAUUGGUUCAUGAGAUGACGCCAACAGAGACACGGGGAAUGUAUCAUCAGCAGGCAAUUGGAAAUAUUUCAACUGACAGAAUUGCUGAGUAUACAAGCAUUUUCAGCCAACACCAGUGUGUAAGUGGAAUACCAUGUAGCCAGAGCAUGUCUAAUGUGAUGGCACAACAGUUAAGAGACUUGGGCUUCACCAAUGUGCGUGUGUCAUCUUAUAAUGUCCUAACAUCACACCCUGACAUGUCACAUAUGAGUACAUUGCAAACCAUUGACCAUGAUGGGCAAGUUUUAUACUCAGAGACUCUGUACGGAAAUGAGAAGGAUACCGGUGAUGGAAGGAAACCUAGCAACGAUGCAAAGAGAGCAGUAGGUUCGGUGCAGUAUGAAUCCGAUUCUACCAACAACCCACCUACAGUCAUGUACAUGCCAUUCUCAGGCUCUGGUCAAGUGCAGGGAGAGCUAGUCUAUGUGCAUUAUGCUAGUCAGGGUGAUCUGCUGCUAUUGACUGAAAGCAACAUUGAUCUGUCUGGUAAGAUAGCUAUUGCUCGACAGGGGACCAUGAUGGUAGCAGACCAAGUUAGGAAUGUUGAAGAAGGUGGCAUGAAAGGCUUACUACUGUUCACAGACCCAGCUGACAUGGAUGUUAUAAUGAUGAUGGGCACAGAGCGUUUAGUUGGAAUGACUGGUAUAAUGGGUGAUCCACUAACACCAGGUUGCCCCGCCAUGGAUGGAAUACGUCGCAUGCCAAUGGACAAAGCUAAGCUUCCCAGUAUUCCUGUCCAACCAGUGUCAACCCAGCUAGCAGUGAGUCUACUUUCAAACAUGACAGGAAGAGAGGCACCACUAGAUUGGCAAGGGGGUUUCAAUGUAACAUACCACAUGGGUCGCAGGAAGACAAAGAGGCCUACAUGGACAGUACAGCUUGAUUUGAGUAACAUGCAGCAACAACAGGAAGUACAUGAUGUUGUAGUGACCAUCACAGGAAUGCAAAUGCCAGAUGAGUACAUUAUUCUUGGUGGUCAUUUUGCAAGUAUGAUGUCCAGUAUGGGUGGAAUGACUUCCAGGACAGCUGAUGCUGGGUCCAUGUCAAUGUUUAUGGAGACAGCAACAGUAAUGAGUCAGAUGAUGUCUGCAGGCUGGCAGCCUCAACGUAGUGUGGUGUUAGGGAUGUGGGGAGGAGCAGAGUAUGGUCAUGCUGGCUCUAUGGAAUGGGUAGAGGAACAUCGAAGUAUAUUAAGUGAGAGAGCAGUGUCUUACAUAGAUCUGGAUACUGUGAUGGCACAUGACAGUAUGGUUGUAGCUCAGACUUCACCACUCCUCAAAGGGCUCAUUAUGGAAGCAGCUGACAUGUUGGAACUGACUCAAGUCAUACAGCCAGCUAUGCUGAGUGGAGUGGGUGAUCAUGUAGCAUUCUCUCAUAUGAUUGGUAUACCAUCUGUUCGUCUGUAUGCUACUCGUGGUGUCAUGAAAGAGGUUUCUACUGGUUCACCUACCACCAAGUCCAUGCACAAGUCUGUGGCCCAACUGGCUACACAGACUGUGCUUAUGCUGGCUGAUAGUGACAUGAUACCAUUUGAUAGUGGUGCUGUAGCAGAGAUGUUAGUUGGAUAUGUGGACAGUUUUGAUUCCAAAAUGGGGGACAUGUUAUCUGUCAGCAAUAUGACAAUGGAUAAUUUGCAAGUGGCUGUAUCAGAUUUCAUGGCUGCUACUGCGGAGAUGCAAAGCAUGAUGAGAAAUCCAUCCAUGAUGGAGUCUUCUAUUACCAUGACAAUGGUGAACCACAGAUUGAUGUAUAUGGAGAGGGCAUUUGUUGGUAUGGAUCCUAGUGGUUCAAUGACGCAUAUUCUGUAUGGUAUGACAGAAAUGGAUACGUUCCCUCUAGUAGCACAGUAUGCACCAACAAACAUGAAUAAUGAAACCAUGGCAACAAUGAUGGAGCAUGUCUCCUUCAUCCAAUGCUCUGUUCAAUCAGCAACCUUGUCUCUCAAGAUGGACUUUUCAUAAGUUACUUAGUGGUGCUUGCACUGUUUGAUUUACAAUGUAUGUGCAGUGAAAUGUGUUUUUGUAAUGUCACAUCUGUGUACAAACUGAUACAAAUGUAACAAAAUAAUUAUUUUGUGGAAUUGUUGACUUUUUAAAGUGUAACAGCCAGUAGUAUGUAGACUGGUUGUGCUACGUGUACUUUGCCAGUGAAUGCCUCUUUAUCAGGGAACAUAAUGUGCAUAUAUGUACAUGUAUAAAUACAUGUAGGUUUUUUUUACUAUUUGUGUUAAAAAAAAUUACUUGAAAAUUGUUCAGAAUCCAAGGGAUGAGCAAGUGUUUUAUUACAUAUUCACCCUUAUGUCCAAAUUGUAUCUUGCAAAGCACAGUUUCAUUUGCAUAUCAUUUGCCUAAGUGCUAAUAUCAUUUUCUUCAUGUACAAGGCACAGUUAGUUUGAGCUGUUUAAAAAUUAAAUUACAUGUACUUGGUUGUAUAAAAUGAACUGAAAUAAAUUGCAUGUUUCUGUAGCAUUUCAGAUUUAGUUUAGCUUGAAGUACAUGUUUACAAACAUUGAAAAUGUACAACGUACGUGUACAAUUCUUUAAUUUUUAAAUCACAAUUUUAUUAAAUUCUCCAUAUUGUAUAUACUGUGGGUUUUAUGAAUAGCUAUACUGUACAAGGUUAUGAGAAAACCUGAUAUACUGGAGAUUUUAUGAAGUUACUGGAGGUUGUGAGAACCUCAUUCACUGUGAGAUUUAUGAAGUUAUUGGAGGUUGCGAGAACCUCAUUCAAUGUGAGAUUUAUGAAGUUAUUGGAGGUUGUGAGACCCUCAUUCACUGUGAGAUUUAUGAAGUUAAUGGAGGUUGUGAGAACCUCAUUCACUGUGAGAUUUCUGAAGUUAAUGGAGGUUGCGAGAACCUCAUUCACUGUGAGAUUUCUGAAGUUAAUGGAGGUUGCGAGAACCUCAUUCACUGUGAGAUUUAUGAAGUUGCUGGAGGUUGCGAGAACCUCAUUCACUGUGAGAUUUAUGAAGUUAAUGGAGGUUGCGAGAACCUCAUUCACUGUGAGAUUUAUGAAGUUAAUGGAGGUUGCGAGAACCUCAUUCACUGUGAGAUUUAUGAAGUUAAUGGAGGUUGCGAGAACCUCAUUCACUGUGAGAUUUAUGAAAUUUUUGGAGCUUAUAAGAAUACAUGACAAAAUUCUGACAAGACAGAAAGUUGGAAGAAUGAGAUGCAUCUACACUGAUGUACGUAUAUGUGCCUGCAAAUGCAUGUUAUUAUAUUUGCCUUUAAAUGUUAAGUUAGCUUGUAUAAGAAUAAGGCACAGAACAGGAUUUGGGAUUUUUAUUCCUUUUUUAGGGGUUAGAAAUGAAACGAUAUCUAUCAGUAGCCUAUGCCUGAAAAUGAUACAAUUCCCCUCCCCCGUGCCUAUACCCAAAGUGUACAAUUAUCCUUUAUCUUGUACAGCAUGCAUGUCAGUAAAUCUUCAGCUUAUAUUUUGCCUAUUGCGUCUGUGUUUUGACUUCAAUAAACCAUCACCUCUGCACAGCAA